UGCCACCAGACAUUCACACCGCGCCGCCUGCCUCCACUCUCCGCUUCCUUCCUUCCCAUCUCUUCUUCCCCCUUCCACUUCCUGGCUUGCUCUUCUGGGAACCCUUCUCGGGUUCAGGCAGAUUGGAAGUUGCAGUGAAGGCGUUGGGGAGAGGGACCGGAGCAGUUGGAGAGCGAUAAAGAUUGCAGCGACAGGGGAGACCUGAAGGGCUGCAAGGGGCUUCUCUCUUGCGGCAACAUGAAUAAGCUGCUCUUGGUCUUCUUCCUCUUCCUGCUGGGCGUCGCAGCAGUUCAUGGUGAAGAUGGUGCCUACAUCGGCGUGAACAUUGGCACGGCCAUGUCGUCGGUGCCGGCGCCGACGCAGAUCACGACGCUGCUCCGCUCGCAGAACAUCCGCCACGUCCGCCUCUACGACGCCGACCGGGCGAUGCUGGCGGCGCUCGCCAACACCGGCAUCCGCGUCAUCGUCUCCGUGCCCAACGAGCAGCUGCUCGCCAUCGGCAACUCCAACGCGACGGCGGCCAAUUGGGUGGCGCGCAACGUGGCCGCGCACUUCCCCGCCGUCAACAUCACGGCCAUUGCCGUGGGGUCCGAGGUGCUCUCCGCGCAGGCCAACGCGGCGCCGCUGCUCAUGCCCGCCAUGCGCUACCUCCAGAACGCGCUGGUGGCCGCGGCGCUGGACCGAUACAUCAAGAUCUCCACGCCGCACUCGUCGUCCAUCAUCCUCGACUCCUUCCCGCCGUCCCAGGCCUUCUUCAACCGGUCGCUGGACAACGUGCUGGUGCCGAUGCUCAAGUUCCUGCAGUCCACGGGGUCGCCGCUCAUGCUCAACGUGUACCCCUACUACGACUACAUGCGCUCCAACGGCGUCAUCCCGCUGGACUACGCGCUGUUCCGGCCGCUGCCGCCCAACAAGGAGGCCGUGGACGCCAACACCCUGCUGCACUACACCAACGUCUUCGACGCGGUCGUCGACGCCGCCUACUUCGCCAUGUCGUACCUCAACGUCACCAACGUGCCGGUGAUGGUGACGGAGACCGGAUGGCCGCACAAGGGCGACCCCUCCUCCGAGCCUGACGCUACCGCCGAGAACGCCGACACCUACAACAGCAACCUCAUCCGGCACGUGAUGAACAGCACCGGCACGCCGAAGCACCCCGGCGUGGCCGUGCCGACCUUCAUCUACGAGCUGUACGACGAGGACACCCGGCCGGGGUCGACUUCGGAGAAGUACUGGGGCCUGUUCGACAUGAACGGCGUCCCGGCGUACACCCUGCACCUGACGGGCUCCGGCGUGCUGCUGGCCAACGACACGACGAACCAGACCUACUGCGUGGCGCGGGAGGACGCGGACCCGAAGAUGCUGCAGGCGGCGCUGGACUGGGCGUGCGGCCCCGGCAAGGUGGACUGCUCCGCGCUCACGCAGGGGCAGCCGUGCUACGAGCCGGACACCGUGGAGGCGCACGCGACGUACGCCUUCAACGCCUACUACCACGGCAUGGGGAUGGGCUCCGGGACCUGCUACUUCAGCGGCGUCGCGGUGAUCACGACGACCGACCCAAGUCAUGGAUCCUGUGUCUACGCUGGGAAGAACGGGUCGGCGUUGCUGAACGGCACCUCGCUGGCGCCGUCGUCCAACUCCACGGAGGGCGGCUCCGGCGCGCACCGGGCGGUCGGCGACGUCUCGGCUCUCGCCCGCAUCGUCUCCGCCGCGCUGCUCUUGAGCGUCCUCCUGUUGUAGAGAGGCUUGUAGUUUGUAGUACUAGGCACCCGCGAUUAUGCAGAGACUUGCAGAGGAGUUAGGCGUUCGCGAGAGGGAUGAUUCUUUUUGCUGUCAAGUGGGAUUUGGCCUGGGUGUUGGUUUGGUGGAGGGGACUAUUGUCUCUCCGAAUGGAACAGGAUGUGCUUCUGUUGCUCUUGCAUCCGCCGGCCUUCUCUUUUGGUUGGGGACAAACGGGAAUUGGCGAGAAGCUCAGCCAUCAUUGCUCCGUUGUGCA